UUCUAGUUGUGGCUGCUUACAACUUACAACAUUGUAGGCAGUGUCGUACAGACACACAUAUAUCAUAUUCUUAUUAUGUUAUUGGUAUGCAUGAAUAAAAACAAGCAAUAUCCCAAUGUUCCACAAUAAUUAAAAUAUAUUUGUAAUUUUGUUCUCAGAAGAAGACUCUGUCUCUGUCUCUGUAUCUGUCUUUGUCUCUGUUCGUCUCUCUGAAGGAAUCGCUAAGGAUCACAUUCUUUUCAAGUUUAAUUUCUGCUUCUGGGCACCUCUAAAGUUCUCUGCUUUUUUAGGGUUCCUUUGAUUCUCAAUUGGAUUGCAAUUGGGUGUGUCACUCUGCUUUGCCGAAUUCAUGCCACUGUAGUUGUUCAUGAGAAUAGCAGAACUUUUGACCUGACCAGUGAAGAGUGAACUGCCAGGGCAAACGACAAGAGACAAUAGAAACUCGUUGUGUGCACAGAGACACUAAAUUUUUGGUGGUGAUUCACUGUGUCUUCCUUGUAUCAGCUGGUCUAGUACUCAGGAUAUGGGCUGCUUCGUCUCCACUCCAAAGGAUUCUAGUGGAAAUAGAAGAAGACCAGGGAGUAUCGGGGAGGUUUCUGUGUAUGUUCCCGGUCUAAGAAUUCCUAAACCUGUUGAUUUUGCCCAGUCACUUGGUGAUUACUUGUCCAAGAAUAUAGUGGAACGCUUGUCUGCGCUUAGAACUCGUAUAGUCGUAAUGGCUGGUCAAGAAGGGCCUACAAUUACGAGAACAAAAAGGAAAAGUGCCACCCAACAUGGAGGUUCAACACUGGCUGAUCUUCAGCAGGCUCUUGAAGACUACUUGCCAGUACUUUUAGGAUUAGUCGAAAAUGGAAGCCAUUUACAAUACAAAAUACAAUUUGCUUGGGUGAAUCAAGAGGAUGAUGCAGAGGAAACAGCCAUGUCAAAUGCCUGGUAUGAAGUGUUGUCAGUUUUGCACUUGAUGGCUACACUAUCAUUAUCACAGGCCAAUUUAUUACUUCUUCCCAGAAUGUCCACUGAUGGUCAUCAGCCUAAAGUAUCAGAAGAAAGCAGACGAGCUUCUGUUGAUAUCUUCUUAAAGGCAGCUGGGUAUCUUGAUUGCGCUGUAAGGCAUGUUUUUCCACAGUUGCCUGCCGAGCUCAGGAGAAAUUUACCAGUAGACCUUGCAGAAGGAGUUCUCCGUGCACUUUGUUUGCAAGCAUUGGGGCAGGGUGUAGAUAUUCAACUUGGAAUGGCAAUUGAUAGUACCAAAGCUACUCUCGCAGUGAAGCGUAGACUUGCAUGUGAGAUGGUGAAAUAUUGGCAGCAGGCUCAAGAUAAUAUUAUGAACCUUCCACUAGCAAAUGGUUGGGGUGAAAAACAUCGUCUCUUUGUUAAAUGGAAGUAUGUUGAGGCAAAGGCUGCAGCAUAUUAUUAUCAUGGAUUGAUUCUUGAUGAGGGAAACACGGAGAAAUCGCAUGGAAUGGCCGUAGCUGCUUUACAAGCUGCUGAUGAGUAUUUCAAAGAAAGUAAGAAGCUGUGUGAAACAUUUCAUGCAGCACCACCAUUAUCAAGAAAUCCACCACUUUGGGGGACAAUGAAAUAUCUUUUCGAGAAAAUUCCUAAGGAUACUUCAAGCAAGGUGCGAGUAAACCGUGAUCUGUAUACCUAUGAGAGAAUCAUGGAAACAGCACCAACAUUGCCUGAUUUUGCCUUGGCUUUAAAACCAGAUGAGUAUCAACUUCCUCAGGUGGAUUCCUCUUGGAGAACAGAAAAUGUGAAAGGGGGACAAAGUGGUGCCACAGAUCUUCUCAAUGGAUGAUCACAAAUGAAAAUUGAUUAAACCAUAUAAAUUUGCAGAUCUCAGAUGCCAGCUUAUCAGAAAAAAGGAUGCACAUCAACUCCAAGCUCAGAAGGGUGAUUUUCCAAUGCUUUGUCAAUAGUUGAAAAUUAACUAUUUCUGACUGUGUCAACCUUUUCCCUCGUUUUUUUCUCCAUAAAUUGAUUCCCUCCUCCACAAUAUUUGAAAAAAGAAGGCCUGCAAGUGGAAAUAGAGCUUCAAGUUGCGUUUAAUGUAAAUUGUUUACUUUAGGAAAAGAAAGGGUUUCCUUGUCAAAUAAUUAUGGACAUUACUGUUUUGGUUCUGCGUCAAAUCUGUCAAAUCCUCCAUUUGUCAAACAAAGUUGUACAACUGAUUGUGUGUAUAGACUUGUGCAUUGCAGAGAAAAUAUGGUUGCUUGUGUUAAAAUUCGAAAGAAUUUUCAAUGCAAGGGAAUUUAUGUCUGUGUUAA